CGUAGAGACCACGUCGGCUUGCUUGAUUUUGUCGACUCGAGACGCGCGCAUUGCCGACUUCAUUUGUUUAUUUCUGGUACCGGUCAAUUUUGUUUACAUUUUUGACAUUCGUGGCGGAAUGCUCUAGUUUAGGGGUGUUUAAUUGUUGUGAUCAAUAAAAGGGUGACUUAUUUAGUGGUGAAUAGUGGCGGCAAAAUGAAUGUCAAAUAUAAGAAAUGUUUUCAAACUCUGUGUUGUGCAGUUCUUUUUGCUUAUAGUGUACUUUUGGUUUACCAGACUUUUAGCAGUGGAAAUAAUAGGAUAUCGACCAACGAACAAUCUGAAUCGAAACCGUUUUACCUCGACCGGAACCUCGCCGAAGACCGAUCUCAAACCGAUUACGAACCCCCUCAAGAAUACGUCGGUGAAAUUGUGACCGCCACUGCCAAGCCGCCGUCCACGACAUUGGAGGACGUUUUUAUUAGCGUAAAAACUACGAAAACCUACCAUAAUAAGAGGUUACCCAUCAUAUUGAAGACCUGGUUUCAGCUGGCCAGAAAACAGACAUGGUUUUUUACUGACACAGAUGAUCUGGCCUUUCAGAUGAAGACAAACGGCCAUAUGAUCAACACCAAUUGCUCCGCUUCUCACAGCAGGAAAGCGCUUUGCUGCAAGAUGUCCGUGGAGUUCGACACUUUCCUGAAGACAGAUAAAAAAUGGUUCUGUCAUUUCGAUGACGACAACUACGUUAAUGUGCCGAGACUAGUCCGAUUUCUGGGGGAUUACAACCCCAGAGAUGAAUGGUAUUUGGGGAAACCCAGCAUCCAGGCUCCACUCGAAAUAGUCAAGAAGGAGAAAAAAGUUGUGAAAAAAAUUAAAUUUUGGUUCGCCACAGGUGGGGCUGGAUUCUGCUUGAGCAGGGCGUUGGCUGCCAAGAUGAUGCCGUUCGCUAGUGAGGGAAGGUUUAUCAGCACGGGUGAGAGAAUACGCCUACCAGACGAUGUCACCAUGGGAUAUAUAAUUGAACACCUGUUGAAACAGCCGCUGACUGUCGUAGACCAGUUCCAUUCGCAUUUGGAACCGAUGAAAUUCAUCAGGAAGGAUAUGAUUGAAGAUCAGAUUUCCUUCAGUUAUGCAAAGGCGAAAGAUGAGUGGAAUGUAGUCAAAAUUGAUGGUUUCAGUGAAAGUGAAGAUCAAUAUAGGUUUUUGUCCCUUCAUUGUUUUUUAUUCCCGUACUUCAGCUUUUGUCCAAGGCGGAGGUAGAAAAAAGAAGUUAAUAAUAUAUAAGGACGCGGCUAAAUUGUAAGAAUUUUGGUCAGUUAUAAUGAAAAGACCUAUCAUUAGAUGGCAUUGUGAUUACAUUCUAUUAGAACGAUGUUUUGUCUGGUUAUAAAAAUCAUCUCACCGUAUAAGGUGAUACGAAUGAUUUGAAAAGAUGUUUUGGAGAUGAAAACUUAAUUGAUUGACAAUUAAUAUGUAGGUGAUUGAUAUUUACAAGAAAACCAGAGGCUUGGUUUCUGACUGCUUGUUGUUAAACCGCUGAGGUUAUAAUAAAAUAAUACAGACAUUUUUAAUAAAAACACAACAAGCAAAGAAGAGAGUCCGAUACAUAAAAACAACGAAGAAAAAACAACGAAUAAAUAGGUUAGGGAACAAAAGAUACCUAAGUAAAGAAGUUCAGUAAAUGAAAGUAAUAUAUAUGUAUAAAAUAAGCUACACAGAGAUAUAUGUGUUAAAAGUUAUAGAGCAGGGCUUCCCAAACUUAUUCGUACUGCGACGCCCUUGGGAUUUUGCUAUUUUUUUGCGACGCCCCUCAACCCGACCCCCAAUAAUAGUUACAAAUUUUAGUACUAGCCUAGUAACAGGUUAUAGUUAAGUACAACAAAAACACUAUUUGAACAUUUAUAAUUUUUAUUAGAAAUUGAGAACGAAAUCAAAAAUGGGCACAAAAAUAAAAUGGGGUAUUUAUUUAUGUACCUAACUGGCUGGUUAAUGUGAGGGAUGUGGUUGCUUUUUUGAGCACAGCUUAUGGAACCGGCGCUUCAGUUUGGAAAUUGCCAAUCUCAUUUCUUUUUCUACGUUUAUGUUUGACCUGUACUUGUUUUUAAUUACUACUGCAACUUCACAAAAGCCCGUUUCGCACAGGUACGAAGUCGCAAAUGAUAAUAAAAUCUUUAAUGCAGAAGUACUGAUGGCAUGAUAUUCAUGAAAAACUGAGCCCCAAAAGCUUUAGGCUAGAAUCACAGGACAAUUCUGUCAGUUGUUCUUCUUCCUCUGUUGAAAGUGUCGAUUGUGUGGAUGACUGUAAAUGGUUUCCGACCCAGUCAUAUUGCUCCAGAUCUUCGGGAAAAUGUUUCUCAAAGUGUUCGCUCAAUGAUGACAUGUGUUGCGUAAACAUAUUUUUUAAAGAGGGAUCGAGGAUUUCUAUCGAUUUUUCUUGUAGAAUACCUUGUAAAGCAGGGAAACAGUCAAUUUAUUGAUAUUCUAAUUUUCUCUUCCAUAAGAGCAACUUUUUCUAAAACCCAGUAAUUUUAUCUGCCAAUUGUAGGAUAUGAGUAUUGUUUCCAUGCAAAGACUUAUUAAGAUCAUUUAAUUUCUUAAAUAUGUCCAGAGGUAUGCUAAUAUAUACUUUGAAUUAAUAAAGUCUUGCUCAAUAUUAUGCGAUUUUGUAUGUAGAUACGUGUAAAAUUAAUUUCUUAAUUCGUAUACAUGCGCGACUACGUUGCCUUUGGACAGCUAACGAAAAUUGUAUUAGUAAAUUAAAGGCAUUUCUUCACAAAGUUCUUGAAUAGUCUUGAUUUCACGGAUCGUGUGUAGUUCACCACUUUAAUAAUGCUAUCCAUCACAACACUUAAUUCAGGUGUAAUUUCUUUGCUACUAAGGCCUCUUUAUGUAUGAAAAAUGUGUCCAUUUUACACUUGGAGCCUUGGUUUUGAUGAGAGCUUGUAGUCCUCCAUAGGAUCCAGGCAUCGCUCGGGCACCAUCCGUACACACGCCUACACAGUUAUCCCAGUUAAGCAAGAAUCAUAUUAUCAUGCCCGCACCAUUCCGGCACGUAGUGUAGUGUCCGAAGAACCUGAUUUUACAAAGAGUUGUCUGAUACUAUACGCUGCGGACAGUAUGAAUUGUUCAUAUUUGAAACCAUUAAAAUCAAUAUAUUUCGGAAACGAAACACUACGUGCUGGAACGUAUAAUAUGAUUCUUGCUUUAAUAUUAUUUUCAGUCACAUAUCAGUUUGAAAUAUCGAAUAAAAGUCAGCGCUGACACGCGACGCCCCUGGAACAAAGCCGCGACGCCUUGGGGCGUCGCGACGCACAGUUUGGGAAGCCCUGUUAUAGAGGAAGAGUAUAGAAAGUUAGUGCCAAUUAUCUUUUAGAGAGCUUUUAUGGAUAAAGCGUUUUAAAUAUUUCAUCCACUGAACACAUACCUAUUUAAAUGCUGAUGAUAGGGUUGCUUAAAUGACUUCAUGAUUGUGAAAAUAAAUGUAUUUAUAUUAAAAGAACUUUGCACACAUUGUUCUCUCUAUACUGUUUGGUACAAAUGACUAAAAGAACAAAAUUCUUACAAUUUAAUUGCUGAUCAGUAUCUGUGAUGUUGUAAAUAUACUUCAAAUUUUUAUAUACCAUGUUAAAAUUAAAAAUAAUGUAGGUAUGUACCUACAAUGUGAAUGUGUAAUAUUUAAUAAGGCUAGUCUUUUACCGCUUUCUGCUAUAUUAUAAAUAUGUAUCAUUUAACUAAAUUUUUCUUUUCCGUAUUUCACUAAGCAAAGAAACAAAUAUAUUUUUUAAUUUCACACUAUAGCUAAAAUGUUUAGAACUUUAUAUUUUAUUAAUUAAAUGACCAAAACACAAAAAUCAAUUGUGCAUGGCUGCUGUAUUUCAGGAAUAAAAGUCACUUUCCAUGAUGUAGAUGGUGAAGAUGUAGAUAAAAAUGGUAAAACUGAGAGGUUAGUAGGUGCAUAGGUCUCUUCAGCCAGAAUCUUUUAGCAAUGAUCUAGCACUAACAUUGCAGCCUCAUUUAAGUGUAUACGGUGGAUAGUGUUUUGGUUAUCUAAUUUUUAUUAAACGUCUAAUGUCAGUCAAUCUAUUGGAGGAGUCAGUCUAGUGCUGACUAUUUUUGUGAUACUCUGAGUAUGUUACAUAAAUUGUAGAAUAUAAAAUAAGGAGUACAAGCAGUUACACUAAGUUUUAAUUUCAAAUUAAUCAGAAACGUAACAGUUCUUUGUACCCUUUAAUAUUUAAGAUUUGACAGUUAGUCCAAGUAAUGAAGCUUAAAAUAGAACAAAACCUCGCAAUUGUUACAGAAUGGAUCGAUUUGCUUGAAAAUUUGAGAAUAAGUAGUGGAUAGUCCAAGGAUCAUAAUCUAGAUGAUGCCAAAAGGCGCUUUUUCCAUGGGGGUGGUUGCCACCCCAUCUGGGGGGUGGAAAUUUUUUAUUAUAUUUUGACCACAAAAGUUGGUAAAAACAUUCAUUUUAAGUAAAAAACGUUCUAUAUAUUUUUGUGAUAAAAUUAAUAUUUUUCGAUUUAUUCGCUAUCGAAAGUGUUAGUUUUGUAUCGAAAAAAUCAAUGUUUUUAAUAAGUUUUCUGCUAAUAACUCCAGAAUUUUUCGUUUUAUCAAAACAACUUUACCUAACAAAAAUGUACCUUUUGAAAAAAUAAACAAAAUCGUAUUUCUAAAUUUUCUUUUAGACCAAUAGCAAUCGAGCUAUACUUCAUUAUAUGCUAGCUCUUCUUCGUCAAAUACUAAAUAUUGUAGUUUCAAAGUCGAAAGACGGGAAAACUAUGCAUUUUUCGAGGAUAACUUGUUUAAACUAAUUUAAAGUAUUUAAAAAUAUAUAUCUCCAGAAAUAGAAAAAAGUCUCUAACUCAAAAAUUAAGUGACUUAUAAUGAAAAGAAUGUCAGUCCCUAUUUUUUUAGCGAAAAACUGAUCGGAAGCAACCGCUCUAAUCACCACCCUAAUUAAAAUUAAUCAUUGACCUUAUUUGGUCUUCUUUAUUUAUGUAUUAUUAAUAGGUUCUAGAAGUUUAACAGGCCUAGAAUGAUUGUUUUUUAAAAAAAUGGAGUUAAAAGCGAAUAACGAAUUUGUGUAGUUUGAAAAAAAUGGCUUUUUCUUCAGAAUAGAAAGAUUAGCAUCAGAGAUACGAAAAAAUGUUUAAUAAUGAAAUUGUGGCUUAUUUAAUUCUCAAGAGCCCGGUUUGCAAAAAUUUUUUAUGCGGCAAAAAUUCAGUGAACUAUUGACAAUUAAAACUUGUAAUAACAUGCAAAAACCAUCUUUACCAACCCUUUCAAAGUCACCUCUUUUUGCGACUGAGGAUUUUUACAAGAUUUAAUAAUAAUAUGCUUAUAGAUCUUGUAAAAACCUAAAAAAUUCUUUUUUACCAAACUUUCUAAGAUAAAAAAUAAAAAAGUUACGGUUCAAAAAUCAAUACAUUUUUUUGAAAAAAAAAAGGAGAAAUCAAACUGGAAGCAUAAUAAUGUAAGAUAGCGGUGUUUUUAGUCAUUGGCCUUAUUGAUUUUUCUUUAUUUAUGUAUUAUUAAUAUAUUCUAGAAGUUUGAGUGGCUUAAAAUAAUAAGUUUUUAAAAAACUAGAGUUAAAAGCGAAUAACGAAUUUUUGUAGUUUGGUAAAAAAUGCCAUUUUCUUCAGAAUAAAAAGAUUAGCAUCAGAGAUACGAAAAAAUGUUUAAUAAUGAAAUUGUAGGUUAUUUAAUUCCCAAGAACUUGGUUUGAAAAAAUUUUUUCUACGGCAAAAAUUGAGUGAAUCGUAAAUGAGUACAAUUGGUAAAACAUUGAUUUUUUCGAUAUAAAACUAACACUUUCGAUAGCGAAUAAAUCGAAAACUAUUAAUUUUAUCAAAAAAAUGUAUAGAACAUUUUUUGCUUAGAAUGAACGUUUUUAUCAACUUUUGUGGUCAAAAUAUAAUAAAAAAUUUCCACCCCCGAGAUGGGGUGGCAACCACCCCCAUGGCAAAAGCGCCUUUUGGCAUCAUAUACAUUUUGAUCCUUGGACUAUUCACUACUUAUUCUCAAAUUUUCAAGCAAAUCGAUUCAUUCUGUAAAAAUUGCGAGGUGAAAAGCUUCGGUUCCUGGAUUAAGUUAAUUAGCAUUCAUAAUAGCAAAAUUACUAUACAAAAAUUAAGCAUAUAUCAUUUUCUAAUUAUAAUUACUAAGUUUAAAACCACUUUAAACCACUUAUUGAAAAUUUUUCUGAAGGUAAUACAUGGUCGUAUCUACAAUAAAUGCAAGGAAUACCUGGAUGACACACAGUUUGGUUUCCGUAACGGGUUUGGAACGAGAGAGGCAUUGCUUGGAAUUAACGUACUUGCUCAAAGAUGUCGAGAUAUAUCUGUAGACAUAUACUGUGUUUUAUUGACUUCCAAAAGGCAUUUGAUCGUGUUAAGCACUCUAUAUUGAUCAAAGCUCUAAAAGACAUUGGCUUGGAUGGCAGAGAUGUUCGAAUAAUUGCAAAUUUAUAUUGGAAUCAAACAACAUCAGUUUUAGUAGAUGGUGUGGAAUCACAGGCUCUUAAUAUUAAAAGAGGAGUAUGGCAGGGAUGCCUCUUGUCACUCCUGCUUUUCAACGUUUACUCCGAAAGAAUUUUCAGAAAAGCACUUUCUGAAAAACAAGAAGGAAUACUUGUGAACGGUGAAGUCAUCAAUAAUUUGCGAUAUGCGGACGAUACAGUACUCCUAGCUUCUAGUCAAGAAGAUCUGCAAACACCACUUGAUAGUGUCGUUGAGAGUUGCAGGGAGACAGGUCUGGAUCUGAACAUACGGAAAACCAAAAUACUCAUAAUAAGAAAACAGCAGCAUAUAAAACCGUCUAUAUAUGUAAAUAAUACCAAACUUGAGCAAGUUGAUAAAAUCGUUUACCUUGGACAGCAAUUAAAUUGUAACGCAGAAAGUCACGGCGAAAUUAGAUCUAGGAUAGAGCAGGCUAGAGCCGCUUUUAGAAGGAUAUCCAAGGUGUUAUGUAACAGAGACCUAAAAUUGGCAUUGAGGAUCCGCCUACUUCGCUGCUACGUGUUCUCGGUCUUACUUUAUGGUGUCGAGUCCUGGACUGUGAAUAAAAUCGAUCUAAAUCGCCUUGAGGCUUUCGAAAUGUGGUGCUAUAAAAUAAUUUUAAAGGUUUCCUGGGUGGAGAAGAUUCGAAACUCCACAAUACUAGAACGUCUCAGCAAGACUACUGAGAUCAUAAAAAGCAUCAAGCAGAGAAAGCUGGAGUAUUUCGGACAUGUAAUGAGAGGUCCCAAAUAUAGGUUGCUACAAAAUAUCAUGCAAGGAAAAAUAGCAGGCAAACGCAGUCCAGGACGAAGAAGAACCUCAUGGUUGAAGAACUUGCGAGAUUGGUAUGGUGUUGAUACAAGCAGGCUAUUUAGGGUGGCAGUGAAUAAAAUUAAGAUAGCUAUGAUGGUAACCAACGUUCUGAAAGGACAUGGUACAUGAAGAAGAAGAAGUUUAAAAGAUACAAGCCAAUUCACCUCGUUUAUAAAUCGUUUGACAAAACUGAAAUCAGAUUCUGAUAAUCAGUCUUCAUCAAAUCAGUGUUCUCUUUUUCUUUUUCUGCUUUCCCAAUGCUAAAGUCUACCGCUUGUAUCUAGGUUGUUUGUCUUGGUUCCCAUUCCUCCCCUAUGUUCCCCAUCGUGAUUCUUCCCAAUCUCUUGUUUAUUUCUUCUCUUAUUCUUUUUGCUGCCUCUUCAUCUUGGAGCUGCUCUACUUGGUAUUGUUUCCGUUUCUUGGGUGUUUGGGAAUUUCUUGCUUUAGUUUCUUGCUUGAGUUAAAUUUAAAUCUGUCAUUUUUUUGAGUUUUUGACGUCGUCGCUAGUAAAAAAUUAAUAUAAGAAAUAAAAGGAAAAUGCAAUGACUUUUUAUUAUUUUUUUAUUUAAUUUUUCAAUACGAUGUGCAGUAUUGCACAGCAUUAAUUAUUACUAUGUCAGUUUUUCAAAAUUGGAUUUUUAGUUUUUUAGAUUUGAUAAAUAUAAUAUAUACUCUUUAACGGAAAAAACUGUCAAAUCUUCAAACAUGGAUAUAUACAUGUGUGUCCAUAUAGUGCUGUCGCCAGGGGGGUACAACGGCCUCCUUUAUUCAGAUGGACUUACCCAAGUUUUCUUUUAUGCAUUUUUACCCGUAGAACAAGAAUUUUUUGGGUAACAGUUGAUCCGGAUGUCGAUAAGAUUGUUAUUAUAGACAAAGUACUUGAGAAAUUAGAUAACAGCGAUAUUUUUUAAACUAAACAUUUUUUCGUAUUUUUUUUGUCAUUCUAAGCAAAAAAUGUUCUUACAAGUUUUUUGUAGGAUGCAUAGUUUUCGAGAUAAUCGCGGUUGAACUUGCAAAAAAUCGAAAAAUUGCAAUUUUUGAACCCGAAUAACUUUUGAUUAAAAAAAUAAAAUAUCAAUUCUGCUUACCGCAUUUGAAAGUUCUAGCCGAAUCAUACCGGUUUUGAUCAUUUGCAUUGCUAAAAAUAAAAAAAUUUUAUUGUCAAACAAAGCUAUAAACAAAUAUUGUUUUAAUGUGAUACAUUAUACAUUAUACAUUAAUACCUUGUGAAUGCGAACAAUUUUAUUUAGGUGAAACAUCAAGACCAUUAAACGUUAGAAUAAGUGAACAUCAGUCUUAUAUUAAAAAUAGAGAAUUUGAUAGAUCUCAAAUAUGUCAACACGCAUGGGAUAAUGAACAUAGAGUUCAGUGGAGAGAUUCAAGUAUAGUCCUGAAAGAAUCAGAUAGUAAAAAGAGAAAAAUCAAAGAAGCGGCUCUAAUUAUGCUAAAUGAAACCAAUUGUGUCGCAAAUUCCUCGGUAGAAUGCAGUAGGAUGUGGUUACCCAUACUGAAAGAGGAAGUCAAUAGAAAGAAAAUACCAGGAUUAGUAAGUCAAUAACAUAUCGAGUUAGUACAAAUUUUAUAUUUUAGUAUUACUCAUUGUAGAUCUAUUUAUUAAUAUUAUUUAUAAUUUAAACAUAUUAAAGUCAGAAUUUGGUAUUAGUUUUUUAAAAGUAAAUUAAAUGUAAGACCAAAUACUUACGAUGUCGGGAUAGUAUCACCAGGUUUUUUCCUGGUUUUCCCUCGUGAUUUACUAUGGAAUCUCUAACGCGAGAAUUUUACUGUCAUCGUUGCAUUUGUUUGUCUUUUGAAAGACAGAUCACAUGCUAUGAUUUUUUUGUGACGGAUAUUCUUGAGUUGGGAUUGAUUUCAUGUAAUCGAAUGAACUAUCUUUUAGUAAAGUCGUCCCAGGAACGCAACUCAUAAAUAUUGGCGAUAUCAUUUUAAAGUUUUCUACUUUAAAAUGUAUAAUAUACGUCUGAAUUGCCAAUAUAAAUGAGUCGGAUUAAAUAAAUUAUUAGAAGAAUCUUUUUACUUAGCAACAACAUUUUUGUUUAUUUUAAUAGUAUUUUGUAUUUUGACAACGAAACCCGAUUUGGGCUUCGAAACGUUUAAAAAAUUAUUUUUUCAAUUUAAUUGUGGCUUAUUUCCAACUAAAUAGUUAAUCAUAAAAAUGCCACAAGGAAAUAGCUUCAGAACAACAUUGUUUUAAUGCGUUUUAACGCAUGCUACGUAGAAAUUGCCUGUUUGUAGGUUCGCCUACUCGUUCGAUUUUAAAUGGAGUUGCAUUGAAAACAUCACUCUAGCACUAUGUGUUUAUAGCUUUGUUUAACAAUAAAAAAAUUAAUUUUUAGCAAUGCAAAUGAUUAAAACCGGUAUAAUUUGGCGUGAACUUUCAAAUGCGGUAAGCAGAAGUGCUAUUUUAAUUUUUGAUCAAAAGUUAUUCGGUUUCAAAAAUUGCAAUUUUUCGAUUUUUUGAAAGUUCAACCGCGUUUAUAUCGAAAACUAUGCCUCCUAAGAAAAAGCUUGUAAGAACAUUGCUUAGAAUGAUCCAAAGAAUACAGAAAAAAUGUUUUGUUUUGCGAGAAAUCGCUGUUAUGUAAUUUCUCAAGUUCUUUGUUUAUAACAAUCUUAUCGACAUCCGGAUCAACUGUUACCCAAAAAAAUCGUGUUCUACGGGUCAAAAUACAUAAAACAAACUUAAGUAAGUCCAUCUGAAUAAAGGAGGCCGGUGUACCCCCCUGGCGACAGGACUAAUAUGAGAUCUUGCUUAAUCAAAACAUAGAUGCAAUGUUCUUUUCUGUAGGUGCAAUGUUUAUAGAAUUCUUAUAACACGAUGCAAUUGCUCAAACAGUGCAUAUAUGUUAAUUUAUAAUGAUAUUUUAUAAUUAUGUAAAAAUUGUAUUAAAUAUUGUAUUUUUAUAAUUUGUUUGUAAAUAAAUUUUUGUUAUAAA